AUGGCACAACGUCUGACAUAUAGACGCCGUUUGAGUUAUAAUACAAAAUCAAAUAGAGUCAGAGUUAUCAAGACUCCUGGUGGCAAGCUUACUUGGUUAUAUGAAAGAAAACCCGCUAAAGGCCCUCACUGCGGUGAUUGUGGGUCUAGACUUCCUGGAAUCCCAGCGCUAAGGCCGCGACGAUAUGCAAGAAUCUCUAAGCGUCAAAAGAAAGUGCAACGAGCCUAUGGUGGUAGUCGUUGUGCUGGAUGUGUUAGGGACAGGAUUGUACGUGCUUUUCUGAUUGAAGAACAAAAAAUAGUCAAAAAGGUUAUCAAAGCCCAAGCCAAACCAGCUGCAAAAAAAUGA